AUGUCUCUGAACCGGGUCCGCACAAUGGACACGGAGCAGUCUGCAGAGUACUCGGUGGAGUACUCGGCCCAGGUUUCCAGUGAUCCGGGCCGUGACGUGGGUCGGAGGCGUGAAGUGACCGUAGUGCAGUCCAGCUGCUGCCGCUGCCUGCCCCGCGCAGUGCGCCUCACCUUUACCCCCGAGUCGUUGGAAAGGCUCUAUCAGAACUACUUCCGUCGGCAGAGACAGGAGAACCUGCUAGUGCUGGUGAUGUUCGCCGCUCUCUUCAACAGCUUCGUCAUCAUCAUGUGUGCGGUGGUGUACACUGAGGACAAACUGGCGAUGGUGGUGGUGGCAGCUGUGGGGCUGGCUGCGGACGUUGCGCUCUACGUGCUGUGCUGGUUGCAGAAACUCCCCGCAUCACCUGUGUGGCGCGGAGCAGUGCCCUACAUACUGUGGCUGAUGGUCACCGUGCAUGUUUUGUGUUACAUGGGACUGAACUACGAGCGCUUCCCACAUGCUAGUGACUCGGUGGGCUGGCAGACUUUCUUCAUUUUCUCCUGCUUUCUAACUUUGCCACUGAACCUGGUGGCCCUGCUUCUCCUCGCUGUCCUCUCGUGCGGGAUUCACACUCUGGUUUUGGGGAUCACGGUGGCUCAGAAGUUUAAGGAUGGCGCGCAGGGGGCGAUGCUGGUCAGACAGUUGCUAGCCAACGUGAUGCUGUACCUGUGUGCCACCAUAGUGGGUGUGAUGUCGUACUACAUGGCAGACAGGAAGUACAGGACAGCAUUUUUGGAAGCUCGUCAGUCACUGGAGGUGAAACUGACGCUGGAGGAGCAAAGCACCCAGCAGGAGGAACUAUUACUGUCCAUCCUGCCCAAACACAUUGCUGAUGAGAUGCUGCAGGGCAUGAAGAACCAGGCAAAUCAGAACGAAGUCCGGCAGCAGCAGCAGUUCAACACCAUGUACAUGUACCGCCAUGAAAACGUUAGCAUCCUGUUUGCAGACAUUGUGGGCUUCACCCAGUUGUCCUCAGCCUGCAGCGCCCAGGAGCUUGUAAAGCUGCUCAAUGAACUGUUUGCUCGCUUUGAUAAACUGGCAGCAGAACAUCAUCAGCUGAGGAUUAAGAUUCUUGGAGACUGUUACUAUUGCAUCUGUGGUCUUCCUGACUUCAGGGAGGACCAUGCCGUAUGCUCCAUAAAGAUGGGCCUGGCUAUGGUAAAAGCCAUCUCGUACGUUCGAGAAAAGACACAAACCGAGGUUGACAUGCGCGUGGGCGUCCACACCGGCACCGUGCUGGGAGGAGUACUCGGGCAGAAACGCUGGCAGUUUGAUGUUUGGUCCACAGAUGUCACUGUGGCCAAUAAAAUGGAAUCUGGAGGGAUUCCUGGGAGAGUACAUAUUUCCCAGACCACAAAAGACAGUCUGCAUGGGGAAUUUGAACUGGAGCCGGGGAAUGGUGGAGAGAGGUGUGAGUACCUGCUGGAGAAAGGCAUUGACACUUACUUAGUUCUAGUUCCUCAGCAGAAAGCCAAUGGACUCAAUGGAAAUACACCUGGUACACUGACCAAUAGAAAUUCCAAACAGUUGAUCAACACCACAGCAUCCAAUGGGAAUGCAGUCUCACAACAGUCCACACCUACUGAGUCUAAAAAGGAGAUGAGUAACAGAGCCGAGGAACAAACCAUCAACAGACGACUCCAGCAGGAGCUGCUGGAGAGAGAGACUCAAAAAAUAAUGAAGGAUCAUGAGAUCAACCCCGUUUCUCUCUGUUUUGUGGAUGGAAAGUUGGAGGACCACUACUCCUCAGAGAAGGAGAGGAGGAGCGGAGCGGCCUUCUCCUGCUGCAUGAUUGUACUCCUUUUCAUCACAGCAAUGGAGGUCUUCAUAGACCCAUUGUUGUUUGUGAACUAUGUGACUCUCGCAGUAGGACAGGUAUUGCUGCUAAUACUCACAGUAUGCUCCCUGGCAGCCAUCUUCCCCAGGAUGUUCUCCAAGAGGUUGGUAUCUUUCUCAAUGUGGAUUGAUCGCACCCGAUGGGCGAGAAACACGUGGGCCAUGGCAGGCAUAUUUGUUCUAACCAUGGCUGUGAUCGCUGACAUGUUAAGUUGUGCACCUCCAUCCCUUCGGAUCUUCAACAGCACGUCUGGUCCGAUGUUGGAGUCGCUCGGUGACGGAGGCUGUGCAGAUAAUCCGAAGCACUACAGCUUCAUGGCUGUGAUGUCACUCAUUGCAACAACCAUGUUGGUGCAAGUGAGCCACCUGAUUAAACUAGGCCUCAUGGUGCUGGUUGUCACAGCAACUGGAGCCGUUAAUAUCUACAGCUGGCGGGACCUAUAUGAUCUGUAUGAUUACAUGCAGUUUGCCUCCUACAGAACAUUGAUAGUGCCAUCCAAGUACCUCAUGACAGUGAUGAUUAUUGUUAUGAUGAUUGGUUUUUACUUCUUUGCACGCCACCUGGAGCAACAGUCCAGGAAACUAUUUCUGUGGAAGAUUGGCGUUCACGAUCAGAAAGAGAGAGUCUUUGAAAUGAGACGCUGGAAUGAAGCGUUGGUCACCAACAUGCUGCCAGAGCAUGUGGCAAAACACUUUCUGGGCACUAAAAAAAGAGACGAGGAGCUGUACAGCCAGGGGUAUGAUGAAAUAGGGGUAAUGUUUGCAUCCAUCCCCAAUUUUUCUGAUUUCUACACUGAGGAGAGCAUCAAUAACGGGGGCAUUGAGUGUCUGAGGAUUCUCAAUGAGAUCAUCUCCGACUUUGACAGCUUAUUAGACAGGGACGAGUUCAGGUGCAUUACUAAGAUCAAGACGAUUGGAAGCACCUACAUGGCCGCGUCAGGCCUCACACCGGAAAGCAACACAAAUGGAUAUGGCAACCGCAAGCCAGAGGACCAGUUGCUGAUUGAGCGCUGGCAGCACCUCGCUGACCUGGCAGACUUUGCCUUGGCCAUGAAAGUCACCCUCAACAACCUCAACAAGCAGUCCUUCAACAACUUUAUGCUACGAAUCGGUCUAAAUAAAGGAGCAGUUCUGGCCGGAGUGAUCGGAGCUCGUAAACCUCACUAUGACAUCUGGGGCAACACGGUCAACGUGGCGAGCAGAAUGGAGUCAACUGGAGUGAUGGGAAACAUCCAGGUUGUAGAGGACUGCUAUGACAUCCUGAAGGAGUACGGCUUUCGUUUUAUCCGAAGAGGGCCCAUAUAUGUCAAAGGGAAAGGCGAGCUGCUGACCUUUUUCAUGAAAGGCAAAGACAAACCCAAUACCAAAGAUGGUGCAGUAACUACUACCCUUCCACACCAAGUUGGAGACCUUCACUGACUUUUUUUUAAAUCUCUUCAAAUGGCAUAAGCCCAAUAACAGGCCUGAGCAAAAUGUCAGUUUUGUCAGCCAUGAAUUUCACAGGAUCUUGUUUUUUGUGCACUUCAUAGCCCAUGUGAAGAAUAUGACGUUAGACUGACACAACAAAAACGCUAAUGCACAAUUAUCAGGACUUUUAUAGCAGUGAACAAAUGUUUAAGAGAAGAAACAUGUUUUGUAAAGUUGUAAACAAAUUUAAGAAUGUCUCAGAGAGCUCCUGAGUUAAAGAUUGCUGCACUUGAUUCACAGAGUGCUACAGACACGAGAAAAACAAAAAUCUACGUCCGAUUUUUUUUAACAUAUUUGAAAAAGCACUUCAUCCUCUUUGAUACAGUCCCUGUGAAUAAAUUUUAUAAGCUCACAUAUAAAAAGGACAUUGUUUAAAUCUUGAAAAACGGUAUAAAAAUGAAAUGCAUCCCUACAGACUAUGACCUGUGACAAGGUGAGGUGUUUAUGUAUUUUGUGUGGUCAUUGUACAUAGACCUAAAGAGCUUUCUGUAGCCUUUAGAAAAAUUAUUAUGUAUGCUUUUAUGUCUGGUAGGUGAUUUAAACAAGAUCUCCAAAUUAUCUGAAAUAAAUAAUACCACAAUAAGUAGUAUUAUACAUGUAAAGAACUAUCAGUUUGUCCAGGAUUGGCCGCUCCAUCGAAUUACACCAAAGUGUAUGCUGUUUCAUGUUCGAAAGAGUCUCUAAAAAGCCAGAAAUUUUCUAUCAGUGUCUACAGGUAACUGUAAGGGUCAAAAUGCAUCUUUCUGCAAUCAGGGAGAGAGUGAAUAAAAUCAAGCUGCAUGGAAGGUUGAAUUUGUCUAAGAGGAUUUUAGAGUAAAACUACAUUUUGUCGGUGAACACAGAUGCAAAGGCAAGGGCUUUUAGAAUAAAUUUCUCUGCACAAAUAGAGUUCAUUGCUUACACUAACGGUAAACAUGGUUUGAUUGUUUUUUUUCCAGACCAAAGACAAUUUUGGGGGGCAAUGUAACCUCAUACAAUUUGUGGCGAGAAUGUUCUGGUUUAGGUUUAUUUCACUGCCUCUGGGAGCACACAGCUUAUAAUGAACAAUCCAAAUAUGAAUUCAGAUCAAAGGGCGCAUGAAGGUAAUGUGAGGCCAUGUGUCUGAAAGCUUGGGUUGAAGCAGAUGUGGACUUUUUAUUUUAACAGGAUAAUGAUCCUAAACAAGAAAAGAGCACACAAAGAAUAAAUGUAGGGUUAGUCAGAACCUAGAAGUGAAUCCCACUGUAUUUUUGUGUGGAGGUUUGAAAUAAGCAGUACAUAACAGAAAAGGUACCAAGAAAGGUACUGAAGGAACUGAGCAUGUAAGAGUGGUCAAAGCUGCUCACCUACAAGAUCAUGAAGUAGCUUCUGGUAUCAGCUAGUUCAUAUUAAUGUUGAAUAAAUGAAUGGAAGAGGUCAGAGGCAUACAACAUCUUUAUCGGUAUGCACUGUUUCAAAAAGGGUCGGGUGUUUGCCUAGCCAAAACAUAUGUAAAUUACAAGUUUUCAGUAGAUAAAUAAUGAAUUACUUUCCUUUUCCCUUUCUUUUUUAUGUAUCUUGCA